AUGGAAUUGAUCCUCUUCUUGAGCUCAUCUCGUGCGUCUGUGAUACACUGGCAGGUGGCAGUUCGUGUUUGCGGGAUCGUUGAUGCACAAGUUCCAGUGGCGACACGAGAAUCACAUGAGGCAAGGACUGAAACCAAACAAGAUUGCAUUGGACAAAUUGUAGCCCCAACUAGUUGCUCAUUGGAAAUGGCACCAAUCAAAACUGAGCUACUGUUCAACAUGAGCGGUUCUUGUCUUUCAUGA